AUGAAGCUUACUCAAGACACCACUAGACAUGACGAUAUUACUUAUCAAUCGGUAGCAAAGGCUUUUGAACUAAAACUCGUGGAACAUCAGGAGGCUUUAACCCGAAUGAAGAAGCUUUCGAAACCGCAUCCUUCGCAACCUAAUUUUUCAUACGACGUACCAUCGCCUGCCCUGGAAGCAAAGAAACGGAUGAUAAGGCUACCAAUGGAUACUUCAAGAGACGAUGAGGGCCAGGUACUGUUUGUCGACGAGAGUUUAUGGGUUCCUGUUUCGGUUGUCAACGGCAACAUUCAUAUCUUGCCCGGAGUCCCCAGACUAUUUGAGAAGCUUCUCGAAGGACUCAAACCCGGUUUAGUACCACGGCUGACGGAUCCCGAAGGCAAGGGUGUAUACCGGAUACUGAUCUCUACUCCAAUGGCAGAAAGUGCAGUAGCGUCUUACCUGACCGAGCUAGCAGGGGAAGUUGAGUCGAAAGGAGUCAAAGUUGGAAGCUAUCCACGUUGGGGAAGAAAGAGGAACUCUGUCACGCUUGUUGGAAGAGACGAGGAAUAUCUUUUGAGUUUAGUUGGGGAGGUAGAGAAAAAUGUGCAAGGCAAAAGGGUAGAAAGAGAAGAUGAGAUGGACCAAAGUGACGAUCCAGAUGAAUGA